AUGGAGAGCUACGGAGAUCUGUUCAACAACAAUAAAGUCAUCUUGGAUGAUGGAAACUAUGGGUUUUGGAAGUCAAGGAUCAAAUCCAUCAUAGGAGGUAUUGAUCGUCUUGCUUGGAAGGCUGUUCUAGAAAAGUGGGAGGAACCAACGAUCAAAGAUGAAUCAGGCGAGCGAAUUCCAAAACCUGAGGCAGACUGGACUGAUAACGAACAAAAGAGAUCAAAAUACAACUCAAGGGCUUUAAGUGCAAUUCAUUGCAGUGUUGGGAGAAAACAGUUUGAGUUGAUUCAAGGGUGUGAAACUGCUAAAGAAGCAUGGGAUAUCCUUCAAAUUCAUUAUGAAGGUACAACUAAAGUGCAGAGUUCAAGAAAGGAUAUGUUGGCUUCUAGAUUUGAGAAUCUAAAGAUGGAGGAACAUGAAUCGAUCUCAGAUUUUAGUUCAAAGUUGAGUGCUCUAGCACAAGAAGCCUUAACUCUUGGGAAGACGUAUAAGGAUCAAAAGUUAGUCAAAAAGUUUCUAAGGUGUCUUCCAUCUAGGUUCAUGGGAUACAAAACAGCUUUAACGGUCUCACAAGAUUUAGAUAAUCUCAGUUAUGGUGAAGUAGUAGGAAUGCUACAGGCACACGAGAUGGAACUUAAUGGGAUUAAGAAACCAAAAGGAAUAGCUCUAGCAGUAAGCAAAGACCUAACUGAUCAAGGAGAAGAAGAUGCUGUGAGUCUGUUGGUAAGAAGAUUUGAUCGAGCUCUGAGAAGGAUAGAACAAGGUCAAGGUCAAAAGAAGAACAAUUCAUUCAAGAAGACAAGUGAAGACAAAAAGGCUGAUAUGCAGUGUCAUGAAUGUAAGGGAUAUGGUCAUUUUAUUCGAGAGUGUCCAACAAUCAAGUUACGAGAUGCCAAGUGCACAAUCUGUAAAGGGACUGGACACACACAUGAGGAAUGUGUGAGUAACUCUAAAUUCAAGAAAGAAAAGUCUAUGAUUAGCAUUGAGAAUGAGUCAGAUAGUGAUAGCAGCAGCGAAGAAGAACUCAUUAAUUUAGUAGCUAUGGUGGGAAUCACUGAAUUUGAGAAUGGGGAAGAAGUAACUGACUCAGAAUCAGAAGGAGAAGAAGUUCUUGACAUUGUUCAGAGUUACAAAGAAGUGCGAAAUACACUUAUUUCGCUAGGAAAAGAAAAUCAAGGUUUGAUUACUGAAAAACUUCGUUUAGAAGCACUUGUUAUGUCAUUACAGAAUGAAUUGGUGGAUGAGAAAAAGCUGGCUAAAGAUUCGCUAGAUCUGAUGAAGGAGAAGUUGGUCUUAUCUGCAAAAGCAGACAAGCUUGAAGAAGAGCUACUUAAAGAAAGAAAAAAAUCUACAAAACUACAAUCUGAAUUAGAUCAACAAUAUAGGAAGAUUCAUAUGUUCGCAGGAACAAAGCAGCUUGACAAAAUUUUGAGCUAUGGGAGAACUGAGAAAACUCAUAGAGGAUUGGGAUUUACUGAGAACAAGGGAGCUAAAUCACAGACAACCAAGUUCGUAUCUGCUAGAGCCUAUCAGUCUGAGAAGGAGACAUCUUAUGGUGUUUCUAAUGGAUCUUUGAGUUGUUAUUUUUGUGGGAAAAUCGGUCACUACAAACGUUUUUGUUACAAAUAUUGGCAGAAGGUCUGUACCUUAAAGCAACAAGGAAGAUUCUUCUGGAAUGGAAUUAGAAGACAAGUUUGGAUGAAGAAAGCUGACCUAUAUCAAUCGGGAUCAAUGGUAGCUUCUGGAUCUGGGUUUAGAUGCAAUAUGGCCAUGAUUACUGAAGAACAAGAAGAAACGGAACCAAUGUGCGAUAUGGCUAUGAUCACUGAAGAACAAGAAGACACAGAGCCUUGGUUCUUUGAUAGCGGCUGCUCAAGACAUAUGACUGGAACCAAGAGUAAUCUACAGAAGUUUAAGAAAUUGAAAGGAGGUACAGUAACAUUUGGAGAUGGAAAUCAUGGUUUCAUACAAGGCAAAGGUACAACACGUGAUACAGAGCUUCCACAAUUGGUGAAUGUCUAUCUAGUUCAAGGAUUACAUGCAAAUUUAAUAAGCAUUAGUCAACUCUGUGAUGAAGGAUUGUCAGUUCUAUUCACAAAAAUUGAUUGCAAAUCACUGGAUGAGUCGGGUAAUGUCAAGUUAUACGGUGUAAGAUCUGGGAAUAAUUGUUACAUGUGGGAAAAACAUUCAAUCAAAUGCUACAGUGCUCGAGCAAGUAUAGAUCUAUGGCAUCAACGACUUGGACACAUGAAUACAAGAAACCUUGCUACUCUUGUGAAUAAAGAGAUAAUUCGACGAGUACCUAAGCUUAAAGGAGAAGAUAAUAUGGUGUGUGGACCUUUUAACCAGGGAAAGCAAGUCAAAAUUCAGCACAAAAAGGUUCCAGAUGUCCAGUCAAAAUCAGCUCUAGAACUGGUUCACAUGGAUUUAAUGGGACCAAUGCAAGUGGAAAGCCUAGCAGGAAAGAAAUAUGUGUUUGUUUUAGUUGAUGAUUACUACAGAUACACUUGGGUUCGUUUUAUUCGUGAGAAGUCAGACACAAUCGACAGCUUCAAGAUUUUAGCUUUACAGCUACUCAAUGAACGAGGAGGAAUCAAGAAAAUUCGAAGUGAUCAUGGUGGAGAAUUUCAAUAUGAGGCUAUGAAGGAGUUUUGUGAACAGCAUGGGAUUGCACACCAAUUCUCAGCACCAAGGACACCACAACAGAAUGGAGUAGUAGAAAGGAAGAAUAGAACUCUUCAGGAAAUGGCAAGAGCAAUGAUACAUGGAAAUCAAGUUCCUAAGAAAUUCUGGGCUGAAGCAUUGAACACUGCCUGUUAUAUAAUUAAUAGAGUUUAUGUCCGAAGAGAUACUACAAAAACACCAUAUGAGUAUGGAGAGGAUUAUCUUGGCAAAUUCGACUCCAGAAGUGAUGAAGGCAUGUUUUUGGGUUAUGCGGAGAGUAGUACAGCAUUCAGAGUCUAUAACAGGCGUACAUGUUUAAUCAUGGAGUCAGUAAAUGUAGUCUUUGAUGAUCAAUCUGUUGCUGUACAAGGUGAUGAUUCAGACAGUGAUUCAGAACAGGUAAGCAUCACUCAAGCCCACAAUGAAGUUUCUGAGUUGGAUAGUUCUGUUACAAAACCAGAAGAAGUGCAACGAGUUCAUAAGAAUCAUUCUUCAUCUGAUGUUAUUGGGGACUUAAUUGAGAAAAUGAAGACUCGAGGAGUGCAGAUUGAUUUUAAGAAGAUGAGAAGUUACUUUACAACUCUAGAAACUGUAUCUAUGAGUGUUUUGUGUCCAUGA